GCCGGAGUACCGUAAGCGCGACCGGUGAAUGUGUGUCAACGAAACAGUUGUGAAUGCUGUGGGUUUUGUAAGAGUAGGUAACCUAUUUUAUUUGCGCGACCAACGAGAAGAGAAGAAAUGGCGAAGAAGAGUGUGUUUUUAACAUAUCUAUUAUGGUUAGUUGGUGGUGUCUUUGGUUUGCAUCACUUGUACUUAGGAAGAGAUUUGCAGGCUUUUCUGUGGUGUUGUACCCUCGGUGGAUAUGUUGGAUGUGGUUGGCUGCGAGAUAUAGUUUUUAUCCCGGAAUAUGUGGCAGAUGCAAAUGAAGAUGAGAAGUUUAUGGAAAAGUACGUCGAAAAAAUCAGGAAACAUAAUACACCUCCAUUCUCACUGACGAGGUACACAGGAAUGAUAAUUGUGGCCUACGUAUUUACCUCUGUUUUGAUGUUAGCCAUACCAGAAGAAGAAGUUGGUGGUAUUGACUGGAACUGGUUGGUUGUCUUCGUGCCUCUUGCAUGUGCCUUAGGUGUUUGGGCUGUGGGUAAUAUUGGGCGACAGAAAGGAACAAUAUGGUGGGCACUAGCCGCAGCCUUUGCAGUAUAUCCUUUCCGAACAUACUUUUCAGAUGAUUCCACAUGGCUUACUACAAUGACUUUUUUAUCAGCAUCAGCAUUUGAUAAUAAAUCCAAACAAUGGAGGAGGACACACAAGAGGAGGUCUCUUUGCAGGCGGCUGACAGUGUUCACAUUGUGUUUAUCACUGUAUAUGUCAUUGUGGUGUAGCUACAUAUACUUCAAUGCUAAACUCACAGACAGUAAUGGUGAAGAAGUUAGAGUGCAUGAAGCUUUGCAUCAUCUUUUUACAUCUCCACUAUGGACCGACCUAAAACAGUCAUUAAAAGACACAUACAACUUUGCUCAGCAUCAUGGAUGGUAUGAGACAUGGAAAUUGGUUGUUGACUUGUCAGAUCCUCAUGGGGAGCAAAAUGCCUACAAGGUUUUGGAAGUAUCAAGCAGUGCGACACAGGCUGAGAUAACAUCCAGUUGGAGAGCUUUGUCAAGAAAAUACCACCCAGAUAAAGUGAAAGAUCCAGACAAACGGCGAGAGGCACAGGAAAAAUUCAUGGAAAUUCAGCAGGCAUAUGAAAUUGUCUCCAGCAUUAGGGCAAAGAGAAGUAGCAGAAACAAAAGAUACAAUCCUUAAUGUUGGAGAACAUGGAUCCCUGUGAGGACUUUCGUUUGUGUGUGUGUGUGUGUGUGUGUGUGUGUGUGUGUGUGUGUGUAGAGUUUUUCGUGGUUUAUUUAUUUUAUAGUGUUUACUAAUGUUUUUACCAAAGCAAUAUAUCUGAGUUCUGUGAUGGGAAAUCAAUCUUAAAAAUAGAUUUAAGUGUCUUUUUGGCCCGGUAUUGUUAAUGAUAAGUGUAACUACGAGUUCACCUAGCGUUUUGUGAGAAGAGUUCAGGCUGUAAGGAAUAUUUCUAUGUUUUGUGAUCUGUUGAGACAGUGAGUGUCAUGUGAUUAUAAACAUGUGACACACAAAGGAAGUAAUUCAGACAGUGUUUCUUAUUUUUAUAACUGAAAGGUUCUUGAAACCUUUUUUAUAUUGGGCUAUUGUUGAUGUAAAUAAU